CCAUCUGUCUCAUUCUCAUGGACACCAUAUCUCUGUAAGGCCUUGAAGCAACUUCUUCAAAUUUGCCACAAAUGUUCAUUUGAACUCAAGGAUAAACUGAUGAGAUUUUAGUGGCUAAAGGACAAAGGUCAAAGGUCAAGGUCAGGUGACCUCACAAAACACUUUUUAGCCAUUACUCAAGACUUCAAACAACAUUUAUGACAAACUUUAACACCAGUGGUUAAUAUUUUAUAUGUUUGUGGAUAAACAGGAUUGACCUGAAACUCGUCUGAGUGGAGGAGGGAUACGACCACGAGGAGGUGAUUCUACUUUCAUAAAUGUUCAUGUCACUUGCUUUGACCAUGAUAACGCAUCAGUCACCAGCAGCGACACAACGUGUGUAAUCAGUCCACACAUACCUCCACCCUGACACAUGAAGCCGAGGGGAGUUUAAUUAGAGUUGGUAAAGUUAAAGUAACAGGAUGUGGGAACUUGACUGGUCUCCAUAGCAGCAGUGGUUAUGACCACACACUGGUUUACUUUCAACCAGCCAUCUUCUCCUUCUGUAUGAGGAAAUGUGACAUUGUGGGUCCUGUCUCUUAAAGUGUAGACGUGUUCAUCAUCAUCAUCAGCAUCACUCUUCAGCUCCUCGUCCUGCUUGUCGGAUAAUUAAGACUCCAGAGGUUCAACCAUCACCAAGAGGUCAGCUCCUGUUUUUGGGGGGCGUGAUGACAUCACAGGUCCUGUUACACACCCUGGAAAAUUUGAGAAAAGAUGAAUUCCAGAAAUUCAAAUGGCAUCUGCAGCAGGGCGACGGCUCCAAGGGAUACCCCUCCAUCCCAGAAGGCAGGCUGGAGGAGGCGGAGAUGUGGAGGACAGUGGAUCUGAUGGAGCAGACCUACACAGCUCCUAAAGCUGUGGAGGUGACCAGGAAGAUUUUAAAGAAGAUCAACAGGAAUGAUCUGGUGCUGAGUUUGUCUGACGCCAAGUCGGCAACAGAAGUUCCAGAGCCUCGGAUCAUCACGUAUUACCAAGCCAAGCUCCAGUCAAAUCUCCAUGACAGCUUCAUGUGUGCAAGAGAGGGCUGGGCUCAGAAGAAGGAUGAGCAACGUCUGAUCGAUAUCUACACGGAGCUGUGGGUGACGCCCGGUGGCGACGUACACAUCAACACUCAGCACGAGGUCAGACUGAUCGAGAAAGCUGGAAAACAAACGGAGACAGAGAAACCGAUUAAACCGAUUGACAUGUUCAAACACCCCUCUGGAAAAUACAGACCCAUACGAACUGUGCUGACCAAUGGGAUCGCAGGAAUUGGAAAAACAUUCUUUGUGCAAAAGUUUUUGUUGGAUUGGGCUGAAAAAAGACCCAAUGAAGAUGUGCAUCUGAUUUUCCCAUUCACCUUCCGUCAUCUGAACUCACUGAAGGGGAAAGUGUGCAAUUUAGCAGAGCUCAUUCAUAAAUGUAUCCCAGCCACCAAACACAUCAGUGACGACGCUCUUACCUACAUCUUUACAAACAUGGAGGCGUCAGGAAACACCAACUAUGACAAGAGUGAAUUCAAGCUUCUGUUUAUUUUGGACGGACUGGACGAGAGCCGCCUUCAGCUGGACUGCUCGACCAAUGAGAAGCAAGUUGGAGACUUUGAUGUGAUGCGGUCGAUGUCUUUGGACGUUCUGAUGACGAACCUAAUCAAGGGAAAUCUGCUUCCCUCCGCUCGCCUCUGGAUAACCACACGACCUGCAGCAGCCAAUCAGAUACAUUCUGAUUUUGUUGAUGUGGUGACAGAGGUCAGAGGGUUCACUGACCCACAGAAGGAGGAGUACUUCAGGAAGAGGUUCGGAGAUGAGGAGCAGGCCAGCAGCAUCAUCUCCCACAUCAAGACAUCACGAAGCCUCCACAUCAUGUGCCACAUCCCAGUCUUCUGCUGGAUCACUGCUACAGUUCUGGAGGAGGUGAUGAAGACCAGAGAGGGAGGAGAGCUGCCCAAGACCCUGACUGAGAUGUACACAUUGUUCCUGGUGUUUCAUAUUGAUCAGACAACAAAGAAGUACGGAAAGAAAAUGAAGUACAUUGAAUCGUUAGCAAAACUGGCUUUUCAGCAGCUGGAAGAAGGCAAAAUCAUCUUCUAUGAAGAUGAUCUGAAAGAGAGUGGCAUUGACGUCAGUGGAGCCUCAAAGUACUCUGGUGUGUUCACUGAGAUCUUUAAAGAAGAGCGAGGGAGGAAAGAUGAGGACAAGAUAUUCAGCUUUGUCCAUCUGAGCGUUCAGGAGCACCUGGCAGCUGUUUACGUGAGGAUGUGUCUCAUUAAACACAACAGGAAUGUAAUGUCUGAGCCACGAACAACUUCUCAACGACUGUGGACUACUUUCACUCGAUUGCCUGCGGCAGAGGUCCACAGGAUCGCUAUCGACAAGGCUUUACAGAGUCCAAAUGGACACCUGGACCUGUUCCUCCGUUUCCUCCUGGGUCUCUCACAAGAACCCAGUCAGAAACUCCUUCCAGAACUGCUCAAAAACAAGAGAAGUCGCUCAGAGACCAAUCAGGAAACAGUCCAGUACAUCAAGAGGAAGAUAAAUAAGAAUCUGUCUCCAGAGAAAAGCAUCAACCUGUUCCACUGUCUGAAUGAACUGAAUGAUCGUUCUCUGGUGGAGCAGAUCCAACAGUCGCUGAGAUCAGGAAGUCUCUCCACAGAUAAACUGUCUCCUGCUCAGUGGUCAGCUCUGGUCUUCAUCUUACUGUCCUCAGAAGAAGUUCUGGACGUGUUUGACCUGAAGAAAUACUGUGCUUCAGAGGCGGCUCUUCUGAAGCUGCUGCCAGUGGUCAAAGCUUUAAAAAAAGCUCUACUGAGCUGCUGUAACCUCUCAGAGAGAAGCUGUGAAGCUCUGUCCUCAGUCCUCAGCUCCAGCUCCUCCAGUCUGAAAGACCUGGACCUGAGUAACAACGACCUCCAGGACUCAGGAGUGAAGCUGCUGUCUGUUGGACUGGAGAGUCCACACUGCGUACUGGAGAGUCUCAGGAUGUCAGGAUGUCUGAUCACAGAGGAAGGCUGUGCUUAUCUGGCCUCAGCUCUGAGCUCUAACCCCUCCCACCUGAGAGAGCUGGACCUGAGCUACAACCAUCCAAGAGACUCAGGGGUGAAGCUGCUGUCUGCUGGAUUGGCAGAUCCUGCCUGGAGACUGGAAGUCCUCAGGCUGGAACAUGACGGAGAGAAGUGUCUGAAACCUGGUCUGAGGAAGUACUCCUGUGAACUCAGAGUGGACAUGAACACAGUGAACAAGUACCUCCGACUGUUUGACAACAACAGGACAAUGACUGUGGUGAGGGAGAAGCAGCCGUACCCCAAUCACCCGGACCGGUUUGACUGUCAUCAGCUGCUGUGUAGAACUGAUCUGACUGGUCGCUGUUAUUGGGAGGUGGAGUGGAGGGGAGUGGUUUUCAUCGCAGUGACAUACAGAGGCAUCAAGAGGCGGGGCUUCAGUAAUGAUUGCUGUUUCGGAGCCAACAGUCAGUCCUGGUGUCUGUACUGUUCUGACACAGUUCACUAUGUCUACCACAACAAGAGGGAGACGUCCAUCCCUCUGCCUGUCCCCUCUCCCUCCUCUCCCUCCUCUCCCUCUUCUCCCUCCUCCCCUCACAGAGUAGCAGUGUAUGUGGACUGUCCUGCUGGAACUCUGUCCUUCUACAGCGUGUCCUCUGACUCUCUGAUCCAUCUCCACACCUUCAACACCUCCUUCACUGAGCCUCUGUUUCCCGGCUUUAGGUUUGAAAGUGACUCCUCAGUGUCUCUGUGUUCACUGUGACUGAAGCUGCAGUUCCUCUAACGACCACUAGAGUCUGGCUCCAACAGUGAGUCAGUCUCCAUAGACUCCCAUGUUAAAAUGUCCAACUUUACAGCAGAAAUAAACAUGUUUACAGCCUGGUACAGAAACUGUUUUGGUGUCUAGAGCUGAUUUCCUCCUUCAUGACACCUGUUUAUUUAUUUAUUUUUUUUUUAACUUUAUUUUUAUGAAGUCAUUUUUCAAUACACUUAUAGAGAAAGAAAGGAGAAGAACAAGAACGGGAACAAGACAGAAAAGGCACAGAUGGAAAAAUAUACCUACGCAUAUGUAUUAUUACACAGGGAGAGAGGAAUCAUAAUAACAAUGUGUACAUUUCAAGAGGUAGGUCCAGGGUUUAGAGACAUUUCAGUCAUAUUUGAUCCAUUUGUCCAUAGUCUAUCCUUCAUAUGAAAACAGGACAGAGACAUUCUCACACCAGUGGCCAACAAGACCGAGAGAGCACAUCAAGUAGGACAGUAGGGGGCGCUGUACUCAGGCAAAAAAGAAAGAGAAAAAAAAAAAGGGAAAAUGAAACAGAGCACAUUAUUAGUUGUUAUGAACUGCCUCCUGUUGUAGGUGUCACUUAUUCAAGAUAAGCUGUCCAUUUCCUCCAGAACAUAGUGAAUUUGUCCAUGCACAAAUUCAAGGAAAAAGUCAAUGACACCUAUUUAUAUAACUCACCUGUUUAUAUAACUCACCUGUUCACAUUUUAUUAAGGACUAAAGUUAUGGAGCAUUGAAGGCGUGGCCUCUUUGAGUGACAGGUGGGUGAGCCUAUGCCCCGAAGUCUCAGCUCCAGCCACGCCCCUCCUCUUUGACCAUUUUUCGAUUAGCUGGGAGUUAGGGGAGGAGUCAGACACUGCCAAGAUGGCGACAGGGGGGCAGCUCACUCUGAGCUUCAGAAACCUGUGGGUGAUGUCCGUCUUUAUUCACAGUCUGUGAUGUCAUCACAUCACAAUGACUUUAUAUUUUCAUUUUGAAAAAAAUUUCUAAGAUUUUAUAUGUUUCAUAUUUUAAGUUUUUCCAAUAAAUUUGGCAAAAGCCAUUUUCUCAGUUUCUACAUGAUCAAUCAUGUUGUUGUUUAUCUGAUUAUUGAUUGUUGUUGAAAACUGUGGUAUGGUCACAUGACCAUAUGAACAUGUGACCAUGUGAAACACAUGAAUAUACCUCAUCCCCAGGUGACUUAUACAACAUUCUACAAC